AGAUUAUAAUGUGACUACAUUUCCCAUGGUGCACGGGGAUAAUGUUUGCGUCUUGGUGCUAAACGAUCGCAGCUUUCUUUGCUACUUAUUGAGGGCCCUAAAUCAUGUACAAAGAGUUGGCACUGGCAUUGGGGCUCGGAACGGUGGUAGCCCUGGUAUUCCUGAAGAAAAGAAAGAGUGUCCUGAAAGCACAUGAUGGGUGGUGGGGUGUGGGAGCUUGUCACCAAGGACCCGAGGAUGAUAGUAUCCGCCCUUUCAAAGUUGAGACAACUUCAGAAGAGAUUGAGGAUCUACACCGCAGGCUAGAUCAGACCCGCUCCUUUCCUUCUCUUGAAGACAGUCAGUUUAACUAUGGCUUCAACUCCAAAUACCUUGAGAAGGUUGUGUCUUAUUGGAGGAAUGAUUUUAACUGGAGAAAACAAGUGGAUAAACUGAACAAAUACCCUCAUUUCAAAACCAAAAUCGAAGGUAUUGAUAUUCACUAUGUUCACGUGAAACCAAAGAGCCUGGCUGAGGGAACCCGUGCUGUGCCUCUGAUGAUGGUACAUGGAUGGCCAGGCUCCUUCUAUGAGUUUUAUGGUAUCAUCCCCCUGCUUACGGAGCCAUCCAGUCCUGAUGACAUUACUUUCGAAAUCAUUUGUCCCUCAAUACCUGGUUAUGGUUUCUCAGAGGCCCCACAUAAAAAAGGUUUUGACGGUGUAUGUGCAGCACACAUAUUCAAUAAACUGAUGAAGAGGCUUGGUUUCAACCAGUACUAUGUCCAGGGGGGAGACUGGGGCUCGCUUAUUACCACUAAUAUGGCCCAGCUGGAGCCCAAUGCUGUGAAAGGCCUCCACAUUAACUUUGCUCCUCCAGGAAAAGCAGGCCUUCUCAUGAUGUUGUCUAUACUUUUUGGUCGCCGAUUUCCCAAACUCUUUGGCUUCACCGAGCAUGAUGUGAAACGCCUUUUCCCCACUAUGGAAAAGCUUGUAGUUGACGCAAUAAGGGAGACUGGAUACAUGCACAUACAGUCCACUAAACCUGACACUGCAGGCCGUGGAUUGAAUGACUCUCCCGUUGGUUUGGCUGCCUACAUUUUGGAGAAAUUUUCAACCUGGACUGAUCCUGAAUUCAAGAACCUUGAGGAUGGUGGACUGGAAAGGAAGUUUUCUCUUGAUGAUCUUCUGACGAAUGUGAUGAUCUACUGGACCUCUAAGUCCAUUAUAUCCUCCAUGCGUUUCUACAAGGAGAACUUCAGCAAAGGCCUGAAUCAGCCCCAUGCAAAGCUUCCAGUUUAUGUUCCGUCAGGUGUGGCCUCUUUCCCCAAUGAGCUGAUGCACUCCCCUAAAUCGUGGGUGACACAGAAAUACCAUAAGCUCAAGACUUACACUCCCAUGGCUCGUGGGGGGCAUUUUGCUGCUAUGGAGGAGCCACAGUUACUGGCAGAGGAUGUUCAGAGCUUUGUCAAGAUUGUGGAAAAGAGAAAGAAGAAAUAAAUAAUUAUGUCCUUUUUUUUCAUAUUCAUGGGCUAAUGGAACUCACUGUUUAGAUGCAUAGAUAAAUGCAUCUAAACAGAGAUGACCAUGAAGUAAAAAACAACAAAUGGCUAAUCCUAAUCAUUACUGUGUCAAAAACUAUUAUAAACAAAUGUAUUACAUUCAUUUUUAGGUAAUAGCACUGUUUAAUCCUAGGAAUAUAUUAACACAAUUUUAUAUUUGUAGCAUGUGCCUUAGUUUUAUUGCAAUUUAAAUUAUUAUAUAAUGACAGGAGCUUGCUUUAGACAUUUCACUGAUUAUGAUAAUGCUAAUGUUAAACUGUAUGAAAUGAUAGUCAAUCUUUUAUUAAAGUGCAGUUAUUGAAUGAUAAUGAUAGUAUGUGGCAAUGACUCAAAUUACUAAAGACAGUCGGGAAGACAUUUUUAUUGUUAUCAUGACAAAUUUUAUAUCAUUUUCUCAUUACAAACAUUUUAUCAAGAGGAAAAAUUAGUGUUCAUGAUUUAAAGUAAUGCCCACUAGAGUGGCUAAGUAUAUCUGUUCCUCUAUUCUGCAUUCAUCUACAUAAAUAAAGGUAUCAUCGCUAUAGAUGCUCUGCUGGCCAAUGCAACUGCCUCUUUUUCACAUAAUGGAAAGUUCUUGGCAAGAACUUUCGUGACCAAUCAAAUAAAGAGACACUAAGUGAAGGCACGACCAAAGCAAUGAAGCUGGUCAGACUCCAUUGCUUAUGGUUUCCUGGAAUGCAUAUUUGGGAAAAUAAAAUAGGUAAACUUCUAUAAAAAAUAAAUAUUCUCAUAAUAUUUAUAUAAACAAAUAUUAUGUAUCGAAAUAUUUAUUUUGCACUUAUGAGAGUUGCGCUUAUAUAAAAUGAGUAUUUAAAAAUACCAUAAAAAACCAAUUAUCACAGUACAGUUCAGUUUUUUUUUUCCCCCACAUAGGCUCCCAAGGUUGGUUCUCUAGGGUUACACAGUUUUAGAUUGUAGGACAGCAUAGUUUAUAAUAGGUCGAUCCCUGCCUGUGCCUUAACAAUUUGUCCUGUUGUAGGCAGUUUUAAAAUGUGCUUGUGAUUUAUUCCUCCUUUGAUUGCUCACAGGGGGAAAUGCAUUCUGAAUUAAGACAUUCUUAGGACAAAAAUAAAUGAUCAGUGGAACAAUUCAGAUGCAAUAUUUAGUCUGUAAAUGCAAGUGCUCUGUACUAUUAAGUUUUAAAUAGAGUUUUAAAGCAUUUUGCACACAUAAUUCAAGUAAUUUCAGGUAUGACAGAAUGCAACUCUACAUGCAAUCGAUCCAAUCUGACAUUGAACAAAAAAAAAAAGAUUUUACACAAUGAAUAUAGUGACAGAACUUAUGAGAAAUCAAGCUAUCUUUACAUUUUACAAUAAAGAGAUGAUCUGUGUUGGACCCUUUGAUUGGAAUGUUACUAAAGUUACUAAAAUCCAAACUAACUCCUUAGUUCCAUACCUGAAUGUAAACAUUAUUCUAAUAGAUUGAACUGGAUUCAUUAUUAAAAAAAUAAUGUCACUGAAUGUUAAAGAAUGACUGAACAUUAAACUCAUAUCUGCUCCAUUGCAGACGCUUCACAGCAACUAAGUUACUAUUCCCGGUCUAGUUUUGAAUCGAAUACUGUUAGGUAGGCAAAAAAUUUAUGUCAUAAUUCAUUGCUGUCAAUAUAGGCAUGAAGCUCAUAUGAAAUGUGGAGUGAUCAUCACUCAAUUAAAAGUAAAACCCUUGGGGCCGUUUACACAGGAUGUGUACUUGUAUUCAAAAACAGCGAUUGCAAUGGAAAGGAAGGCGCAUCGAGAUCCAUUUAAAAAGCUUGUUUAACAUGAAGUAGCGUCCUAAAAAUAUAGUGUUCAUUGUGUGAGAUGCUAAAAAAGUGCAGAUGGACAAAAAGUGGCUUAAAAACAAAAAGAGCAUUACAAAAUCAAUUUGAAUGAGAAGUGAACGAGUGAGAAGUGGCGCAGCGAUAAAAGCGAGUCUUGCAUUUAAAAUCACGAAAAUUUUAAACGUUAUUUUAAAGCUUGUAUUUUAACUUAUUUUAAAAUUGUAAAAAAGCAUCGCUCAUGAAGUGGGAUGCUGAAAAAUCAACGAGAUGUGGCGCAACAGUGCGUUUACUUUGGAAAAUAAUUUUAAAAACACACCACAGUGGAAUGCAAAAAAUGCAUUCUGUGUGAACCGAAGACUUCUGUUUCCACACGUGACAAACAUGAUUCUAAAUAGGAUGAUUCUUUGGAGACAAAUGUUAAACUGAAACCUGCCACCAGACCAAAAUGAUACACCCACAAUAAUGAACCC